AACCCAGCAGUCUGUGUGAUAGUCCAGUCUCUCCGCCGUUCAUCAUGUGUUCAGACCCGUGCUCCUUCGCCUCCUUCACCAGGUGUGUCACCAAACACCUGAACCUGUCCUUCCACCUGGACUUCGACAGACACAUCUUUAGGGCCAAGGUGGAGCUCACCGUGGAGGCUCUGGAGGACCGUUUCUCUGCUCUGACUUUGGACACCAGAGACCUGAAGAUCGUCUCAGUGUCGGCCAAUGGACAGGCGGCUCGCUUCAGUCUGGGCCCCAAGCACAGCUUCAAGGGGACACCACUGGACAUCACGCUGCCCUUUGACCUCUCCAGAGGCCAGCAUGUGAUCGUGGAAGUGACCUAUGAGACGUCUCCAUCUGCCUCAGCUCUGCAGUGGCUCACACCUGAACAGACCGCUGGGAAGAAACAGCCUUACCUGUUCAGCCAGUGUCAGGCUCAUCACUGCAGGAGCAUGGUCCCCUGUCAGGACAGUCCAUCUGUCAAACACACCUACUAUGCUCAGGUGUCUGUGCCUAAGGAUCUGGUAGCUGUGAUGAGUGCAGUGAGAGACGGACAGGAAGUUGAUCCUCAGGACAACAAUCGCAUCAUCUACAGAUUCAGACAGCCGGUGCCCAUGCCUUCCUACCUGAUAGCGAUUGUGGUUGGAGCUCUGGAGAGCAGGGAGAUCGGUCCGAGGUCCAGAGUCUGGUCUGAGAAAGAGUUUGUGGACAAAGCAGCGUUCGAGUUCUCUGAGACGGAGACCAUGCUGAAGACGGCCGAGGACCUGGCUGGACCUUAUGUUUGGGGUCAGUACGACAUCCUGGUUCUUCCUCCAUCUUUCCCAUAUGGAGGCAUGGAAAACCCCUGUCUGACCUUCGCUACGCCCACACUGCUGGCAGGAGAUAAAUCUCUGUCUAAUGUCAUCGCCCAUGAGAUCUCCCACAGCUGGACCGGUAACCUGGUCACCAACAAGACCUGGGAACACUUCUGGUUGAACGAGGGUCACACGGUUUAUCUGGAGAGGAUGAUCAGCAGGUGCAUGGAGAGCGAGCAGUUCAGACAGUUUAAGGCCAUGGGGGGCUGGAAGGACCUGCAGGACUCGGUGAACACGUUCGGGGCCAACAACCCUCUGACAAACCUGGUCCCCAGUCUGCAGGACGUUGACCCCGACGACGCCUUCUCCUCUGUCCCCUAUGAGAAAGGCUUUGCUCUGCUGUAUCACCUGGAGGAGCUGAUGGGAGGCCCAGAGGUGUUCAUGGGCUUUGUGAAGUCGUACAUCCAGCUGUUCGCCUACAGCAGCGUCACUACAGAGGAGUGGAAGAACUACCUGUUCACCUACUUCAAAGACAAGGUGGACAUCCUGAACAAGGUGGACUGGAACGCCUGGAUGUUUACUCCUGGGAUGCCUCCGGUUAAACCUCAGUACGACACCACGCUGGCUGACGCCUGCAUCGCUCUGAGCCAGAGGUGGAUCAAGGCCAAAGACCAGGAUCUGAACAGCUUCAAAGAUCGUGAUGUGAAGACACUGUCGUCCCACCAGCUGAUUGAGUUCCUGUCCCUCCUGCUUCAGGAGGACCCUCUUCCUCUGACUCAUGUGAAGAAGAUGCAGGAGGUUUAUGAUCUCAAUGGCAUCAUGAACUCGGAGAUCCGCUUCAGGUGGCUGAGGCUGUGUGUGAGGUCCAGGUGGGAGGAGGCAGUUCCCAUGGCGCUGAAGAUGGCGACGGAUCAGGGCAGGAUGAAGUUCACCAGACCCCUCUUCAGGGAAGUCUUUAACUUUGAAAAAUACCGUGACGAAGCGGUUCGCGUGUUUCUGGCUCAUCGAGCAGCGAUGCACCCGGUCACCUCCGGACUGGUCGGCAAAGACCUGAAGGUGGAUGCCAGCAAGAGCAGCAGCCUGUGAAGCCAGUCGGCCAAUCAGAGCGCUUCUUUCCUCCCUCUCACCUGUCAGCGGUUUUUCUCUCAGUAAUGAGUUUUGGUUCCUUUUCGUUUUUCUGUCGACUCACUGUUUGAUCUCAGGGCAGAAAAGAAAAAAAUAUUUUCUAAAUAAAGUUUUUCUGGAUCUGAA